CCAGCCUGAGCGCCUCCGCGCUUGCGCAGGUCGAGGGCGGCGGCUCAGGCUUCGGGUGGGCAUCAGCCGUUCCUCCCUGGUGUAGCCUCGAAUUCAGCGGAGAAACACGGCCGAGUAGACAUGGAGGGGAAAAUGCAAUAACAAAGCAGCAGUUAUGAGGCAGAAUCUUACUGAACUAUGGAGACACCAGGUGACCAUCCCGGAAAUGAGUCCCAGGCCGUCCCCGUCCUGGAGGAAGACCCUGUGGAUUACGGCUGUGAGAUGCAGCUCCUGCAGGACGGGGGACAGUUGCAGCUCCAGCUGCAGCCAGAGGAGUUCGUGGCCAUUGCAGACUAUACUGCCACCGACGAGACUCAGCUCAGUUUUUUGAGAGGAGAAAAAAUUCUCAUCCUGAGACAAACCACAGCUGAUUGGUGGUGGGGUGAGCGUGCGGGCUGCUGUGGUUACGUCCCUGCCAACCAUCUUGGGAAACAGGUGGAGGAGUAUGACCCGGAGGACACUUGGCAAGAUGAGGAGUACUUUGACAGCUAUGGAACUCUGAAACUUCACCUGGAGAUGUUGGCUGACCAGCCUCGCACGACGAAAUACCACAGUGUCAUCCUGCAGAACAAGGAGUCCCUGAAGGACAAGGUCAUCCUGGACGUGGGCUGUGGCACUGGGAUCAUCAGCCUCUUCUGUGCCCACCACGCACGGCCCAAGGCAGUCUAUGCUGUGGAGGCCAGUGAGAUGGCACAGCACACAGGCCAGCUGGUCCUGCAGAACGGCUUUGCUGACACCAUCACUGUGUUCCAGCAGAAGGUGGAAGAUGUGGUGCUGCCCGAGAAGGUGGACGUGCUGGUGUCUGAGUGGAUGGGGACCUGCCUGCUGUUUGAGUUCAUGAUCGAGUCCAUCCUCUACGCCCGGGAUGCCUGGUUAAAGGAGGAUGGCGUCAUCUGGCCGACCACAGCCGCAUUGCACUUGGUGCCCUGCAGCGCGGACAAGGACUACCACAGCAAGGUUCUCUUCUGGGACAACGCCUACGAGUUCAACCUCAGUGCGCUCAAGUAGGUGUGCGUGACCGCGUGCAGGGCUGACCACCGUGUAGCUAGGCUCCUGGCAAGAGGAGAGGAGCCGGGUGGGCAGCCAGUUGAUGAGGGUGCCACCUCUGCUUCUGAGAGACAGUCUCACUAAUCUGUGGGAGACAGUCUUUCCUCCUUCAUGAACGUUGCACCUUAUGCAUCCUCCAGUGACCCAGAAUGGACCCGGAAACAUUGAGAUUUGUCGUUUCCGUCUCCUUUGCCUUCCCUUGCGCACCCUCCUGACCCCUGAGAUGGUUGUGUGUGUGGGAACCUGUUAUAGGUGGGGAGUUAUGCCUCUUGCCUUCCCUCCGGUCUCAGCUCUGGCCGCAACCUCAGUUCUUGUAUUCCUGGAGGGGGAUUCACAUCAGGACACAGAGCAAGUGAGCAGUCAAGGGUUAUUUUAGCCUAUGCAUAAAUAAAAGUGGGCAGUAAGUAUACCCUCCUGGGUAGAGGAUGGAUUUAGCCAACUGGCAAGAGUAACAGGCUCCUCUAGUAUCUGGAUUGCCCACCCAUGGGGUGGACUGAGGUGGUCUCUUUCCUAGAAUAGAUGGAGGAUUUCUUAGGAGCCAUCCUUACCCACAGUGUUAUCUGUUAUAAUUAGAUGCAUUAAAUGCAAGAACAGGAGAAAAGAGGCCGGGUGUGGUGGCGCACGCCUUUAGUCUCAGCACUCAGGAAACAGGUGAAUCUUUAGAAGUAUGAGGCCAGCCUGCUCUACAUAGCAAGUUCCAGGCUACUCGCCAAAGCAACACAAUGAGACUGCACCCCCCUCGUCCCCCACAGAGUAUGUAGGAGGGUGUAACUUCCCAUAAAGUUGAGCAGUUUACUAGAGGAAAGGGCAAUGGCGCCAUUGCAUGUGCUCGUCACAGCAUGCUGGCAAUGACUCUGUUUCCCCCAUAAUCCUGUUCUUCUUUCCUGGUCAGCUUGGCUAUCAUACUCAGCUGCAAGGGUCCUCUGCCUAGAGGGGAACAACAUGCUGCUAAUGUGAUUCACAGGAGCCAGGACCAGUCCCAAGCUGGCAGCUAAACUUGGCAUCACUGCCUCGGUGGUUUAAAUGAGAACGGCCCCCAUGGGCUCAUAUAUUUGAAUGUUUGGUCCCCAGUUAGUGGAACUGUUUGGAGAGGACUAGGAGCUGUGACCUAGUUGGAGUAGCUGUGGCCUUGUUGAAGGAGGUGUGUCAUUGGGGUAAGUUUUGAGGUCUCAGAAGCCCACACUAGAUUGUCUCACCCUCUCUUUGUCUGCUGCCUGCUGACCAGGAUGUCAACUGUUAGCUACCACUCCAUUGCCAUGCCUACCAGCUGCCAGGCUCCCUGCGGUGAUGAUCAUGGACUAACCUUCUGGAACUGUAGGCGAGUCCCCAAUUAUAUGAUUGCCUUGGUCAUGGCGUUUCUUCAUGGCAAUAGAAGAGUAACUAAAGCAUCAUCCAUGAGAUCUACCGGCUUUACAGGCAUGAAGGAUGCAAGAAUGAAGGGGUUGUGGAUUCUUCCUCCACAGUUUGAGAGAGCCACUGAAGCCAGGCAGUGGGUGGCAGGGGAGUCCCUACAUGAAGGCCUUGAAGGCCAUUGCGUGAAGCUGUGAAUGUGAAGCUUGGAUUGCAGGGGAGACCCCAAGAUGUUGGAAGUGCCAGAACAGUGAGAUGUCUGCCUGAGAGAGCUGCGUUUAGGGAGUGGAACCAGCCUGAGAUAUUUAUAUACAUUGCAGGCAGCAAAACUAGAGGGAUGGAGCCAUUUAAUCCCUUUUAAGUUCAAGUCUCAGACAUGGGGACUACCCAUACAUGGACAUGGAGCGACAGGGUUUUGGCAUUUGCCCUGCUGAGUUCUGGUGUUGCUUUGGUCCAGUAUUUCUUCACCAUGCUCCUUUUCUUCCCAUUUGGAACAGUAAUGGAUAUUCCUUGCCAUUAUUUUGGAAGCAUGUAGUUGCUUUUUGAUUUUGCAGGGGUUUGCAAUU